AUGACUUCCCCGACCACCUUGUUCUUCAUGGCUGUCUUCUUCCUGGAGUCCUUGGCUGCCAGGCUGCAGAAUGGCUUCAUGGCAGCAGUGCUGGGCUGGGAGUGGGCGGGGGGUCUGGCACUGCCCACAGGCGACAUGAUUGUGGCCUGCCUAGUGCUAUCCCAGCUUGGUCUGCAUGGUGUGUCCAUUAUUAACAGUUUCCUGAUCACCCUUGACCCCAGACACAAAAUGCACUACAUCCGCAUUUUCUGGAACUUCAGCAACAUACCCAACUUCUGGCUGCUGCUGGGUUUCCUGACCAUCUCUGUCCUGACCACCAUCCCCUCAGUGAUCAGGAAUAUCAUUGCAUCUCAUAUGGAGGCCUCUCAGCCUCCCCACACCAACGGAAGCUGGGCUGAUCCAUCGAGGAUCUUCUAUCGGAACUUCUUCCUCUUUCAGGAGAUGCUGGUGCUCUCAGUGCCCUUUCUGCUGUUCAUGGCAUCCACUGCCCUGUUCAUGUCCUCUCUGUGCCUGCACUUGUGGCGGAUGCAGGACUGCCAGCACGGGCCUCGAGAUCCCAGCAUCCGGAUGCACACCACAGCCCUCAGAUCACUGGGCUUCUUCCUUGUCUUCUACACAUCCUACUUCCUGUCACUGAUUGUGGCCGAGAUGAUCAUGCCCCUGCAACUCCACUGGUACUGGGCCUGGCAGGUGGUGACCUACACUGGCAUGUACUUGCACUCUGUCAUCCUGCUGCUCAACAGCCCCAGGCUCAGGAGGGCCCUAAAGAAUGGGCUGCAGGGCUGCAGGGCCAUAGGCUGUGGGGUCCUGGACGGAGGGCUCAAAUCAGGAGCCAGUGUGGGGCUUAGCAAUCCCAUGUGA